AUGCUUUCACGACGGAUAUUCCGCCAGUUCACUGACAGCGUUCUGCUAGAGCCGGGCUAUGUUACAAGGCCAUUGUGCCUUGCCGCCAGAUGCACUUCAUGUUCCUCUUGUAGUCGAGCAUGGGCGCCACGCGCUCGCCAUGCAUCCUCCUCCUCCACUAGAUGGAAAACGCGUCAGGGCAACGACUUCUUCGCCCGUGAAGCUCGUGUGCAAGGGCUAAAGAGUCGCGCUGCUUUCAAGUUGCUUGAGUUGAAUGAGAAACACAAGCUGUUCAAGCCUGGACAAACUGUCGUUGAUCUUGGUUUCGCACCAGGCUCAUGGUCUCAGGUCGCUGUAAAUCGCACGACACCCGAUGGACGAGUAAUAGGUAUCGACUUGAUUCCGGCGCAGCCUCCACGAGGUGUAUCUACGAUACAGGGCAACUUCCUCUCUCCAGCGAUCCAAGACGAAGUUCGAGCAUACGUCCGAGAUCCCACCCUGGGCCGACCGCGCAAACAGACCAUUUCAGAAGAGCCGGAUGGCCUUACCGAAGAGCAGGUGGACGAGUUGGAGCGAGGAUACAUCGACAUCGAGAGACAAGCUCAUAUGGAAGGUGUUGGAAUGGAGCGACUGGGACAGCCACCGGAAGGGUCUGAAAGCGUCUCAGACGCUAAGAUGCCGUUGAAGGAGCGAGAUCUACGCGACGGACGAGUCGUCGAUGUGGUGCUUAGUGACAUGUCAGAACCCUGGGACCAAGUCGCCGGCUUCUACAAGAAGAGCCUUAGUGACCCGUACUUUAGGAUGAUGAACACCAGCGGCAACCCCUUCAGAGAUCACGCAGGCAGCAUGGACUUGUGCAUGGCUGCACUGACGUUCGCAUUCGACACAGUGAAGACUGGCGGUCAUUUCCUGUGCAAGUUCUACCAAGGACCUGAAGAGAAGGUUUUCGAAACAAAGCUCAAGCGCUUAUUUACCAAGGUGUCGCGCGAGAAGCCGGAGUCUUCACGCAGUGCAUCGAAAGAGGCGUACUUCGUAGCGCUGCGCCGCAAGGAAACUCCAACGAGAGAAGACGUCUUUCGGGAGUGA